ACAUCAAGGGCUUUUGCAACGCGAUCCAAUAGCUGACGUAGUGUUGACAACUUGACAGACCUCUGUUCUGUUGCAAGCAGAAAAACAAACCCCAUCUAAAUAAACCCUCUCAAAAUCCAAUCUUUCAAAUAAUUGAAAUUAGGGUUCUUAUAAUUUUGUUACCCUCAAACUCAGUCGAUUUCUACUCUCUUGGUUCAGUUUUGUUGGGAAUCAUGGGCAAUGCAUCUUCAAUGCUUACUCAAUAUGACAUCGAGGAGGUCCAAGAACACUGUAAUAACACCUUUUCGCAGCAGGAGAUAGUGUCUCUCUAUGAGAGGUUCUGUCAGCUGGAUCGCAACGGUGGUGGCUUCAUUUCCGGCGAGGAGUUUUUGUCCGUACCCGAAUUCGCCGUCAAUCCUCUAUCUCAGGUUCAAAGUCGCUUUUUUUUGGGGUCCACAAAUUCGUACUAUGCACGGAUUUGAAGAUUUAUAAACAUGUCGACCAUAUUUUCAAUGUUUUAAAAAGGUCUCAAAAUUAGGUUGGGUUUUGGAGCUCAAAUGGCCCCUACAUGAUCGUUAUUUAUGUAUACAGAUACACAUAUACAUUGGCUUCAUAUAUAUGUACUUUAGAUUUUAUUUUUUUGUUUUCCAGAGAUUGUUGGAAUUUGUGUUGUAGUCAUCUUUAAGGUCUAUGAUUGGGAUGGCAACGGCAAAGUCACAUUCAGUGAUAUGUUGGAUGUUUUGCGUGAUUUGACGGGGCAAUUUAUAUCUGAACAACAAAGGGAGGUUGGCUUCUAUUUUUGUUGUAUUGGGUCGGAUUUUCCUUUACCUUUAAUUCUGGUUUAUGAGCGAAAUUUCUGAAGCAAUAUUAUAAUAAAAUUCAAACAUAAGGGUUGAUAUUAUAACUAUGGUCUCAAAGAGAAAAUGAUUAACUCAUCUGAACUAAAUCAUUUAGCUGUUCUUGGAAAUUCAUCCAUGCCCAAAUGAUGAUACU